AUGAGGCCAGGAGCCCCAGCAGUCACCAUCGAGAGGGUAGGGGUUGCUCUCCGUGCGCAGAGGGUCUGGGGUGACCAGUUUGGAGGCCAGGUGGUGCAGACCGGGAAUGGGAGCUUCCAUGUUCCGUCUAGAGCAGCACUCUUUGGCGACUAUACACCGCACAGCGUCGCUAUUAAGUUGACGCAGUUUCAAUGGAACCCCUUCACCUGGGGGCGCGGGGAGCACCAGGUACGUUCGUCUGUCAUGGAACUGUCACUCCUGCAGAACGACAUCCCUGUGGCCUUCAACAACCUGACUGAAGACUUCAAUAUCACCAUUCCGGGGGGCCCCGGAAAUAAUUUAGCCACAACAAUCGUCACCUUCCCUGCUCCAGGAAACAAAAGUUCAAGCUACCAUUUGCUAAAGCUCAACAGCACCGCAGAAGGAUUCCUGGUCACAAUCACCCCGCUGAACACAAGCGUGGUGUACGGCGUGUCUGGCAGGUACGGCGGCCGCCCUGACGACCAGAACUACAACGUGUCCACGGAGACGUACGUUCUACCCGAGCAGUGUGCCUUGAAAACUCUGAGUGGCGAUAAAGACACAGAGAAGACAGCGGCAACAAUUUUCAUCCCGGGAGAGCAUGAGCCUGUAGAUUACCACAUCAAAGUCCAAGUACUUGGACCAGUGACCGAGUGUGAAAUUGAGAAGAGGGCUGACGAGAAGGAGUUACACACCGAUGACGUCUACUCCUACCAGAUCCAGUGGGCCCGUCUGAGCUGCGUCUACUGGAGCGAGACCCAGGAAGACUGGAGGACUGACGGCUGUGCGAUAAGCAAACAGUCCACCAUUACCAGUACCAUCUGCCACUGCAACCAUCUGACGGCCUUCGGAACUGACUUCGCCACACCGCCAAACACCCUAGACUUUGGGGCGUUGAAUUUCAGCGGUUUGGUGGACAACGUUGCCAUCUUUUCAACCAUCAUUGUGGCGCUCUGUCUGUUCUCGUUCACAUCAGCCCUGAUAAAGGUUACUGAGCGUGUAGGGAAAAGGAAGUUACAUCACGCUGUAAGGUUGGACGACCUUCAGAACGGCUACCGGUACCGCCUGAUCAUCUGGACAGGUGCAGCUAGGCAUGCUGGGACAGAGUCCACCGUUACCUUCAAACUAUUCGGCGAUGCAGCAAACUCCGAUGUGAGAGUGGUCAACAUCGCAGAGAAGGUUUUUACCCCAGGCAGCCAGGUGACCCUGAUCUUCAGCACAGCAGAACAGCUGGGUAACGUGGAGCAGCUGCAGCUCAUGCACGACAACAGUGGGGAGGGGAGCCGUGCAUCGUGGCACGUGGACAAAGCAGCAGUGCAGGAUCUAGCCACAGGCAAACUGUCCUAUUUCUUCUGCGGUGAGUGGCUGGCAGCCGACCGCGGGGACGGGCAGGUGGUGAAGACCUUUCCUGUCGCCUCUGAGGAGGACCUGCGAUCCAUCGGGUUCCUGUUCCCGGCAAGUCUGCGGAGCAAUCUGGCAGAGGAGCACCUCUUCCUGUCCCUCGCUAUCAUGCCUGAAGAUAGCAUGUUCACCCGCAGCCAGAGGCUCGGCUGCUGCCUGAGUCUCCUCCUCAUGUCCAUGGUGUCCAGCGCCAUGUGGCUAAGGGACGAAAUAAAAACCCAGGUUGUGCAGGCCGUCAGCCUGGGACCGUUCUCCUUCACCCUGAAUGGAGUCUACACGGGAAUCAUGGCCAGCCUCACCUGCCUUCCCGUCAUCGGGGCCAUAGUCCUGCUGUUCCAGUACAGCCGACCCAGCAACAAGGGCAACCCCCGGGUCAGAGAUGUGGAGAUGGGUGUUUCGGCUGAGGCACCCACACAGCAAGGACCAGCCAAGGGCCUGCCACACUGGUGCAAGUACGUGGCCUGGGUGCUGGUGGUGCUGUCUGCUGUGGGGUCAGCUGUCUUCACCGUGCUGUACAGUCUGGAGUGGGGCAAGGACAAGUCCGAGAGGUGGCUGUCUGGGUACUUCUUGGCUUUUUUGGCGGACAUCUUCGUCAUGCAACCAGGAAAGAUAUUUCUCCUCACCAUCGUGACUUGCUUUGUUGGCAAGACGCAAGUUGUCAAGAAGAUCUUUAAAAAGAAGCGGGGCCCCGCUUUGAUUAAAGCCAACGUGGUGUCUUCACAAAGGGAGGCAGGCUUCAACUGCGAUGCAUUUCGCAUGAGGAGGAAGAUGGAGCGACUUUCAAUGAGGUCCCUUGCCAACAUCAAACAAGCGAGAAUGAGGCAGCGCAGGGACAGGAGAUUCGGGGAAACCGUGUGGGACAUCGCGUGGUUCUGCUGUUUCCUCCUGCUCGUGCUCAGCAUCACCAACGAAUACCACAACACCACAGAGGGUUUCCAUCAGACACUGAGCACAACCAACACCUUCCUGCAGUCUGUGGACGACGUAAAUGAUCAUCUCACCUUCUGGUCCUGGCUGAACGAGACCGCUCUGCAGAGCUUCUACCCGGAGACUUCCUACAAUGACGACAAGCCCCGCUGGUUUGAGAGGGGCUUCACAGCUGACAGGCAGACAGUCCUGGUCUACCCACCUAGCCUGGUCCAGGGCAGAGUAAAGCCAGUCUUACCACAGGAAAUGCAUGUUGCAUUUUGA